GCGAGCUCAAGUCCCCCUCCGCGUCCGGGGAUACUCGUGUCGCCCCUAUCGUCGUGCGUGAAAAAAGGCCUCGCACCUUAGGAGUUGAGGAGUUGGUGUUACCGCCCGUUAAUGCAUGGAAAGGGAAUUUUGUUGCUGGUAUUGAUAGGACGCAAAAUGGUGGUUCGGUGUUUGACGUUCUUGAUAGCGCCUUGGCCAUGGAGAAGGUAAUGGGUUUCCCGACGGAGUUUGAUUCGACUCGUCUUGCCGGGAAACCUCUAGACAAGAUGAUCGAAGGGUUGGCGUCCUCCUUUGCUCGGGUUAGUAUCGGAUUUAUCAUGCACCUCUAUAUUUGAUUUAUUAUUACUAUUAAUAAUAAUAACUCCUGCCCCUUUUAUUUAUUUAUUUAUUUAUUUAUUUUUUAGACUAUGACUUUCGUGCCCUUGAUUAUUGAUCGCGGGAGGGGCUUGGAGGCUGAGCAUGCCAAGAUGCAAGCAGAGAAGUUGAACGUUAAUUCGUUGUAUGCGGGUGUUCAGGGUGUCAAUGCCUCCCUUCGCUCAGAGAUUGAAGGUUUGAAGAAGUCUCUGGAUGAAGAAAAAGGCAAGCUGAGUGCCUUGGAGAAGAAAUGUCAGGGCUUGGUGAUACGUGCGGAUGAUGAAAAAUCGGCUCGUCUGAAGGCCGAAGCUAGGAUUAAGGAUCUGAGCCUAUCUUUGAAGAAUGAGAAGACCGACGCGCUUUCUUUCAUGGAAGCCCAUAAGGGGUCGAAUGACGUCUUGAAAACGCCUUUGGGUUUGAUGGUGGUCGACAAGUUCUUAGGGAGCGAAUCUUAUAUCGAGCUGCGGGAUAGUUAUGCUAGUGGGUUUUUUGCGGAGAUCGUGCGGGAUAUCCGCGGUCAAGUUCGUGGUACGAAGCUUGUCCCAGAGGCUAUCCUACGGGAGAUAGAGCCGAGCGUUUUGGAACUUGAGCCAGAAAUUGGGGCGGAGAAAAUUGGCGCCCUGGUUGAGGGUGAUGAGUUUGAUGAGAUGCCCGAGUCUGCUGGAGCUGAGAAUGCUAGCGUUAACCCGACUGCCUUGUAGUGCAGUCGUUUAUCAGUUUCUACUCGCUUGAGAGUAGUAGUAUUUUCCUUUAUGACUUAUUUCUAAGACUUUAGUCUUUUCUAUGUUUUUUUAUUUGCACGUUUUUGCCUUAUGAAUGGAAUUUUACUUUUGUUUUAUUCCCAUUUCGCAAUUUUCGUGCUUUUUUGGUACUUAGUGGAUGAUCAGUCCCCUAAGUUUUUAUGUAGGGGCUCCGCAUUUUUGCCUUCUUUUCUUAAUUUAGGGCUGCGGAGUCCUUGAGAAUUUGAUUUCUCUAUCAACUUGUGCUUUGGGGAGUGAGAUAACAAAGUUCGAGUUGGCCAGACCCUUGUGAUCCUUGUUAUCUUCCCCUUUAGCAAGGACUUUUUUUUUUUUUUUUUUUUUUUUUUUUUGGUUUGGGAGUCGAGUGGUCACCCCUUUGAUUGAAGCACUUCAUAGUAAUAAUAAUAAAAAUACUAAUGGAAUUUCAAUAGAAUAAACAAAAAUUAAUUGUCAUGACACAAAGGAAAACGGUCGCAGAUUAGAGUGGGCGGUAUGCCUCAAGCGAAAAUGUUUUAUUUAGCUUCAUGUGGCAAACGAUAUGCUGCCAACUUAUUACAUAAUUUAAAAGCGUUGCGGCGAGCGGUAUGCUCCCGACUUAUUCCCUAGCUUAAGCAUUACAGCGAGCGAUAUGCUCCUGAUUUAUUAAAAACAAAGAAAAAUUGCUCGCCCAAAGUGCUAAGCGAAAUACUUCUUCAAAUUCCCUAUGUCCCAAGUCCUUAGAACUUGAUGGCCAUCCAUGUGCUGAAGCCGGUAAG